GUCAAUAUGGCUCGAGCAAUGCGAGUUACAGAGCUCAUGACAGAUUUCCGCAAGUUGCAACAUUAUAGGUCUUCCAUACGAAUCAGCCCUUCGGCAGAGGACUGUCAUGGAGAAGGUUUCCAAGGCCUACGACACUGUGUAGUAGAAUGCUACCAAUUUCUUCAAGAAGGCUUUCCAUGUAAU